UUGACAUUGACAAUCCUAUCCUUCCCACUCGCCGACCCGCUCCCCUGUUCUCAGUUCUGAUACUCUGUUGCCCUAAUUUCUGUGAACAAACAAAAAUUUGAUGCGAGUGUUUCAGUCUGCCUUUGCGGGAUCUGCGCUUUUCUUGAAGUAUAUAUAAAGUGUGUGUCGAGUUGUUUGUGAGGAAGAAAGAAGGAUGAGUCGGAGCUUAGGGAUUCCGGUAAAGCUGCUGCACGAGGCGUCGGGACACAUCGUGACGGUGGAGCUGAAGAGCGGGGAACUGUAUCGGGGAAGUAUGGUCGAGUGCGAGGAUAAUUGGAAUUGCCAGUUGGAGAACAUCACUUAUACCGCUAAGGACGGAAAGGUCUCACAACUCGAGCAUGUUUUCAUUAGAGGCAGCAAAGUCAGGUUCAUGGUAAUUCCAGAUAUGCUUAAAAAUGCUCCCAUGUUUAAGCGUUUGGAAGCUAGAAUUAAGGGCAAGGGUUCAUCACUUGGAGUAGGACGUGGACGUGCUGUUGCAAUGCGAGCCAGAGCGCAGGCUGCUGGUCGUGGAGCUGCACCUGGUAGGGGUGUUGUGCCACCUCUAAGGAGGUGAUCUUAUCCCGUUAUUGGCAUUACAGCACUCUUGUGAAGUGGCCACAUCCACUUUUGCCAUCCAUAGUUGAUCCUUGGUCUUGUUCCCUGUGUUCCCAGCUCUCGUAAUGCUUUUCGUUUCUGAAUGAGAACUUGCAAUGAGUUCAGAUGAAAAGUGGCUGGUUUUCUAAUGGCUGUUACCGGAGUUUGUAGUAAUGUUUUGAACAGGUGGCAAUUGAGCCAUAAAAUUUGAAAUCACUCUAUAUUUGUCCAAUCUUCAUUCCCACUUGCAUCGAUUAAAGUUUUCAGUAAAUGCAGCAGAGUGAACCUGCUCUCCCUUGCUGUUAAGACUAUGAAAUGAGCCUGCAACCUAGAUCCGUAUUUUGUGUGUUUGUUUAAUGCUACUAAUUUGUUGUUUGUU